GUCUUCAUCAUAAUGAUGCCCAUUGGGUUUUUAUUAGCAGCUUUAUGAUCCACUUACGCCUGUUAAAUUAAUUUUUCGAACGAUCAUAAUAAUGUCAGCUUUGACAUUUGUCAAAUCACACACAGUGUCUAUUUUCAAAUUUUAAGGUUAUCCUUGUGUUUAUUUAAAAAGAAAAAUAUUUAUUUUUGAAUAAUUCUCUAUUCUUGAAGUUUUGCGCUGCAAUACAAUAAGAUGAAGAAUAAAACAAAUAUCGUGGAUUUGUUUAGCGAGGCCAAAACGAAUGAUACUUAUUUAAAAGUUUGUGCACCUAUGGUCAGAUACAGUAAAGUACAAUUCAGAACACUUGUUAAAAACUAUGGAGUAGAUUUGUGCUUCACUCCUAUGAUAUUAGCAGACUCUUUCUGUCAGAACUCUAAAGCUCGUUACAAUGAGUUUGCAACAACAGUUACCGAUACUCCUUUGAUUGUGCAGUUUGCUGCUAAUAACCGAGAUGAUUUUGUGGAUGCAUCCAAACUAGUCUAUGCAUAUUCAGACGGAGUGGAUUUGAAUUGUGGCUGCCCUCAGAAAUGGGCCAUGAAAGAUGGUUAUGGUUGUGCUUUAUUGUCUAAACCAGAGCUCAUACAUGACUUAGUUAAAGGCAUCAAAAACAAUCUGCCUAAUAGCUUCAGUGUGUCUGUGAAGAUAAGGAUAUUGAAAGAAUUAAAUCGCACUAUUGACAUGUGCCAGAAGCUAGAGAAGUGUGGAGUCAGCUUUCUGACUGUUCAUGGGAGGACACCUACUCAGAAAAGUGGUGAUAAAGUGGACACAGUGGCUUUGCGUGAUGUAGUUGAGUCGGUGCAGAUACCAAUAGUUGCUAAUGGUGGUAUCAAGACAUUGGAGGAUGCUGAUGACCUCUACAACAAGGUCAACUGCAGAGGAGUAAUGGCUGCCAGUGGCAUCCUCACAAACCCAGGACUCUUCAGCGGAGCAACAAGGACACCAAUAAGCUGUGUGAAAAUGUGGAAGGACAUGAAAGAUAAAGACAGUGACAAAAUAACUUUCCAGUGUUACCAUCACCAUUUAGUGUUUAUGUUAGAAAAAGUGUUGACUAAACAACAAAAACUAGUGUUCAAUCAUUUAAGUACAUUUGAAAGUGUUGAUGAGUUUUUAAAUGAUCAUUUAAUUAAUUUAGUUGAAGGUGAACUAGAUUUUAAGUAUAAUUUGGAUGAGUUUGUUGAGUGUGAGUUUGCUGAUGAAAUUACUCUGAAGCAUUCCACCAAAUGUAGGGGCUGUGGUAAAAGUUUGUGUUACUGUAUUUGCAAUAAAUAUGACCCUAAUGCAACAGAUGGCAAUUAUUUUGUAUCUUGUAUUAAAGAUAGUGAUUCACUUGACUACAUGGAUUGCAAUAUUUUUGAUGAAACUUGUUAAACAAAGCUAUGUGUUAUAGAAGUAUGAUAUACUUGUAUAUUUUGUUAUUAAGUUUACAUUCAAUAAAACUGUGAUUAUUUUGUGUUAA